AAGUUUGUCUCAACCAACGCGUCAAUACAUAACGGUCCUUUUUUCUCGCGGAAGCUUAAUUACCAAAUUACCAAACGCAAAUUCCUUCGCCACCACUCGCUAACCUCUUCACAUCAAUUUAUAGUCCGCUAUCCCGAAACCCUAACCCAAAUUACCGUCCGGCAAUGGCAUACCGCACGCUAGACCUCACCCUCAUCUCCGCAAAUGACCUAAAAAAUGUUAACCUCUUCACCAGAAUGCGCGUCUACGCCAUCGUCACCAUGUACUCCGACAGCCCGCUGUCGCGGCAGCGCAUCGCCCCCGACCGCGACGGUGGCCGGAACCCCAAUUGGAACGCUACGAUCCACUUCACCUUCCCCGCCGGGAAUCCGGGCAACCUUUUUCUCCGCAUCCUUCUCUGCGCUGAUCGCUUCUUCGGAGACCGCUAUGUCGGCGUCGUUCAAAUCCCUCUCCGCGACAUGAUCGCCAACGCCGGAGAUACUCGGUUUCUCAGCUACCAGGUCCGCCGCCCCUUCUCCAAUAAGCCCAAAGGCGUCCUCAACUUCUCAUAUAAGAUCAGCGAUCCUAUCACGCCGCCUUCCCCCUACCCUCAUCUUCACUUCGUCGCUCCACCACCGGCGGAAAAGCCGGCUCAGGAGCCGGUGAUUGCAUACCCGCCGGCGGGAUAUUACCCUGCCCAACAGCCAUAUGGGAACGCUGCUCCGGGCAUGCCGGCUGGAUAUGGUUAUUCGCCUGCUGGGUAUGGUUACCCGCUGGCUGGAUACGGUUAUGGAGCUCCAGCACAGGCUCCGGCACCGGUGUCAAUGAAGCCUGGGAAUAAAGGUAGUUCGGGGAUGGGGCUGGCAGCGGGGAUUAUGGGCGGCGCUCUUGGAGGGCUUCUCAUUGGCGAUAUGAUCUCCGACGGCUCAGGUUAUGAGGCCGGGUUCGAUGACGGUUCGGCCUUUUGAGCAGUUUUUAAAUUAAUUAAUUGAGGGUGGAAUGCGUAAUUCUUGCAGAACGUAUAUAAAUACUGAUUUGUUGUGGAGUUUGCUGUGAUUAUGACAGUUUUUUAUCAGGUCUUUUGUGUUAUAAAAAAGUAUCCUUCAAAUUUAAAGUAAA